AUGAACCCUCCUCCUAAGGUAAGCCCCCCAUCAGCCUUUACAGUAUUAAAAGGGGCUUUAGAUGGGAAUGGACCCGUUCUCACUAGAACCUUUGGCAAUGAGAAAAUUAAUAUCUCUGUAAUGCGCUUGGCGAAUAUCAUUCCUGGAAGCGGAGGGGAGGAUGAUGAUGAUGACAUAAACCAGUUGUUCCUUCACGUGGAUGUGUCAAAGCCUGGACAGGAAAAAUCUUUGCAGUUUCUAUGCGGGCUAUAUCCAGACGCAUUGGGAAUUCAUUCUUUCGGGAAUUCAAUUCUCUGUGUAGUGGAUGUUGCAGUGGAACAAGCUUUUAGUGCGGGUGGACAAAUUUUAGAUCCAACACGGUCAAGAUUAUCGCCAAAUAAUGUGGAAAUGCAAGAAUGUGUUGAUGAUUGGACUAGAGCGGCGUUGAGAACUCAAGACCAGCAAAAUUCAAGCGACGAUGAUAAUUCCGACUCAUUAACGGAGACUAGUGUGUCUUUUGUCUUGAGUAUAAUGUGUGAUGAAUUGUUAAUUGACAGGGAACUUGAUGAAAAGAUGCGAGAUGCACUGCACAGUUACAUUGAAGAACGGGGUGUGAAUGAGAGUCUCUUUAAUUUUCUUCAAGCAUGGCUUUAUGUGAAAGAUCAUAGGAACCUUAUGCGCUGGUUUAAAUCGGUGGGUAUGUUCAUUAAUGAAAAUAAAUCAACCAAAAGUGGUUAACCGUUAAAAAAUGUGAUACGGUGGAUUUGUAAAUGAAUCAUUUGCUACCCAAAUCAGCCAAAAAGUUUUUUCCUGGUGAGUUGCAAGUGCUCUGGAUUGAAUUCUGUGGUGUUAUAGUUUUGCAGACAGAUACUUCCUUUUAGAUAUUUUCAUGUUAUAAUAUUAUUUUUUUUUUUUAUCA